GAAGAUCUUUAUCAGCUAAAGAGAGAGAUAGCACACAUUCCAGAGGAUGGAAAAGAUCUUGUUGACAUUCAGGCUCUUGAAACAGCAAUCGAAAGAACCAAGAUGGGGAUAAGAUUACAUGUUGAGAGCUAUUUAAGUACUGUAAAUCAACACGUGUUAACAGCGCCUAUUGAAGAAGAAGAAACAAUUCUUAAAAAGACUACUAAACAGUGGCGCCCAGUUGGUGAUAUUCCUCUGAAGCCAUUUCUGUUUCCACAAGAACCUAUAAUUAAAACAUGGCCAAGUAAAAUACAGGGAAGAACUGGUCCAUUCAUUCAACCAAGUGCAAAGAUAAAGGCAGGGCUGCAUUUUAAAGUCAUGCAUGAUCCUGAACAUGCUGGCCACAGAGCUGCUUUAAAUAAGGCCUAUGGAAUCACUUUGCCAUUUAUUAAUAAGAGAAAACCAACACAUGCACAGUUUCAGAAGAUAGUAAAAGGAACUACUGUUGAAACCCUCACUGUUUUGCCAUCUUGCCGUAGGAAUUCUUAUUUCACUCCUCUACCUAUCCUUGAAAAAGAUGCAAAGAAAGGUAUUUUGAGUAUGAUUCAACGAGGACUGAUCCCACCAGCAGCAAAGAUUACUCUUGAAAAUCCACCUAUUGCACCGAAAAGUAUUUUCUUUCCUUCUUGUAAACAGCCUAAGCCAAAAAGUAGAGUCAACAAUUACACAGCCACCCCUAAGACACAGAACCAGGUGGAGGGUGGAUUCUUUCUUGAUGUUGUAGUCAGACAGGGUACGGCCAUCUUCCAGCUGCUUGCCUGCAAAGAUGAGCCUCUGCUGCACCAGUUCUUUGGAAGCAAAGCUAAGUAUAGCCACAGGCUUUUUCCAUCAGAACGCAUGCCACUUGCCUUCUCCCGGGAGCUGAAGCCUUUCCUGCCAAUGUCUAUGUUGGCUAAAGAAAGAAUUGCUUCUGUUCCCAAAGUGACACCCACUUCGCUACCUUCGCGAAGCCUUAUGGAUUAUGAUUUUUUUAUUUACAAUGGCAAGAUAGAUCAGAAUGCUUCAGAUUUCAUAGCCUUCAAAGAACAUUUUUGUUUAUCUUGGGGAAAUAUCUUUUCUCUCUUGGAAUGCAUUGAAAAGUUUCUCAAGGACUAUGCAAUACCAGAAGUCAAGAUAAAAGGGAAAUAUUUGAUAGCACUUCUUCCUGACUUUGAACUCAAUACUAGGCCUUCUAAAAUUGACCUCUUAUCAGUGUUAGAGAAUCCAUCUAAUAUCCUCAAGUUAAUUAGUCAGCCAGGCCGGAGAUACAGAGGGCAAAGGGGAUUCGAGGAAGCUGUCAUCAAGAUCCAAGCAACAUGGCGAUGCUACCAGGCCAGAAAAGCCUAUUUUACUUUCCGGCAACAGAAGUGGGCUGCAGGUGUGAUUGCCAUCAGCUGGCUUUUGCACGGUCACAGGGGCCGAUUGAAAAAGAUCCUGAAGGAGGCACGUUUAAAACAACUGGAGAAUUUCCACAUUCGAGCCAAGCAUCUGGCAGCCAACUGGAAUCGCAUCAGGACCUCCAGGAGGACUAUUAUCCAUAUCCCAUCAUUAGGAUUCUCCCACUCUGUACGGUCAAAUAUCGUUGAUUUCAAUACGCAACAGAACUUGCAGCUGGGAAGACUGUGUGACAUACUAGAUACCAAUGUGGAUGUCAUCUACAUCUGCCCCCUUGAAAUGCCUGAAGAAUUGACGAAGUAUUACAAUAAGUUCCUGGGUCUACAGACAGCUGUCAUAUCUGGGGACCCUGAGGACAUAAGUGACCUGUCGGACAGGUUCAGAAUUCUCUGCCCUGAAGCUGUAGACUUCUUCCCUAGACAUCAUAUGUGCCUGGCCACUCAUCUCAGGUACAGUCCCCAGACAAUCAAAAGAAUAAAAAACCUCAUCCAAGGAAAAGAGGCAUAUAUUGUUGGCGGGCUUAUCCACAAAGAUGAUUUAGCUGUGGCCGACAUGUUAAAUGUGCCUAUUCUAGGCCCAGAGCCCGAAGUGGCUCAAAUCUAUAGUACCAAGUCUGGAAGUAAACGGAUCUUUGCCAGCGCCUGUGUACCAGUCCCUCCUGGGGUUUAUGAUGUCUAUAAUUUCCGACAGAUGGUGGAAAGCUUAAGUCAACUCAUUGUUGAUAAUCUGGAUGUGCAGCGCUGGAUAUUUAAAGUGGACAGUGACUUUAGAGGCAAUGGAACUGCAUAUUGUGACAUCCUUUCCCACCUAAAUUGCUAUAGUUGGGUCUUGCGGGAAAGUCACAAAUAUGGAGCCAGCGACUGGAGUAAGAAAUGGGCACAUGAGCCAGCUAUGGAGAAGAUCUCCGAGGAGCUGGCGGGCAUUUUAGCACAGCACGCACAGGCAGUCAAUGAGAAACGAUUCCCUACAUGGGAAAAAUUCCUCCAUACAUUUCUCAGACAAGGUGGUGUGAUCGAGGCAUUUCCACCCUCUGAAAGUAUGACCAAUUUGACUGUGGAUAUGCUGAUAGAGCCAACAGGAGAAAUAAAGAUGCUUUCAACAGGGGACCAGCUCCAUGCAGAUGGCCCUUUUCGCUACUCUGGCUUCAGCAUGCCACAGUCGUCCAUUGAACCAGAGGUUCUCAACUCAUUGUGUUUUCAAGUAGGAUAUGCCUGUAAAAAUAGAGGCGUUGUUGGUUAUUUUUCUAUUGACCUGGUGACCUUUAUCCAUCCAGAUUCCUUGGAACAGCAGAUAUGGGCAACAGACCUUGAAAUUUUUUAUAGCGACCAGCUUUCCUUGGCACAGCUCGUCUUGUAUAUGACCAGAGGACAUCUGGAUUUCAGUUCUAGUGUCUUAGAAGUGGCACCCUCUAUAAAGAAACUUAAUAAGUCAAUCAAAGAGAUGGAGCUAGAACCACUUGCUACAUCCAUUCGCUAUGCAGUAGUAUCCAGCCAGCUGAUUCACAGCAACCUCUCCCUAGUCUUCCACAGUGUUUUCCUCCAGAUGUGUAAGGCCCAUGGCAUUGCAUACGAUGUUGAGGAAAAACAAGGAACAACGUUUAUAUUUUUUGAAACUCAGAAGAGGAAUAGAUUGGGCAUGUUAACAAUCGGAGAGGAUCUCCAGGGGGUCCUCAUGACCUUUGCUCACAAUCUCUUCAUCAUCCAUCAAGAAAUAUCAUCACCUAAUAUGCAAGGCGAGACCAAUUUUAAGAGGUUAAUUGAUGAUAUUGAAACAGUCCUGGGAGUUACGGCAGAAAACAAAAUGAGAUUUAAAGAGCAAACUACCAUCAUUAAAGAAACGUUUUUCAGAGAAUUAUAG